CAUGGACUUCGUAUAAAUUCAGUCUACGAACGGAGGAAUUCACGGCAUCUACAGACGAUUAUGUUAUCUUCCAAUGAGUCUUCCAAAGAAUGCUCAACAUUCACUAUCAGCUGAAUGGAUUUUUGGGAAAAUACUCAUGACGCUGAGUCUCAGUCACUACUUUAGUUAUUGACUUAAACUUAUAUGUUAUGUGUUCCAGUGAAUAGUUGAUAUCCCCAAUAGACAGAUUAAUCUUUGAAAGGUUUGAAGCUUAAAGUGAUUUUUUGAUGAAUGAUAGGCAGUCAUCCCGCAUUCCAAAAUUUGUUUAUUUAUACCAGUUUAUUAACAGUGAAUGUGAAACAAAGAUACACUAAAUUUAAAAUUACUAUUAGGAUUUCGUGGUUUGGUUGCAUGGAUUUAAACACAAUGAACUGUGAUUCAAGCUAUUUAUAGCUAUGGGAUAUGAGAGUCCUAUGUCACUUAAAAUUGAGAUAAACAUAGAGAAUGAACUCGGAGUUUUUGAGCCUCGAGAUGAUGUUGCUGGUCAUAUAUUAAUAAAAACUGAAGAAGAUACAGAAAUUGAUAGUUGUAUUGUGUGGUUAUAUGGGUUGGCUAAAACCCGUUGGAAUAUUGAAAAUGAAAGCUAUAUGAAUAGACCUGGUUCAUUAGCAAGUGGAAUUAAUUUAUCAAGAUCUAUUUCAAAUUUUAAAAAAUUCACUAAUACCAAUGUUUGUAUUACAGAAAAUAAAAUUUGCAAAUUACUUUCAAAUGCAUCAAACGUUUUGAAGCAAACAAAAUCAUGUAAAUCGCAUGAAACUGUAUCGCCACGUACACAUUUAACUUGUUGUACUGAUCGUGGUUACUUAUCUGAUACACAUUUUAAAUCCAAUUGUAAUUAUAAUCAUUCGUCAUGUGCAUUAGAUCAUGAUUUAAUUUGUGAAUCACGAAUUGGUGAGUCAUGGAUUUCAGCUUCAGGAUCGUUUACAUCAUUGGAUGCUGAAAGCAGUAUUAAAAGUAGUCAAAGUUUUAAUAAAUUAGUUUCACCAGGUUCUACUAUUAAUAAUAACGAUUAUCCUCUGAGAUCAUUUCAACAAAUAACGAAAACAACAGACAAAAUAUAUGAUUCAACAUGUCUUCCUAAUUUCUGUUUAGAACAAUGGAAAAGAUUAUUUGAAAUGGAUGAGGAGAAGAAAGAAUGUAUAUAUCAUGGUGAUUUACAAUUAAUUUACAAAUCGAAACUUGAUUUGCUUAAACAAUACAAUGAUGUUUUGUCAAGUAAACAUAUGGAGAAAACUGAUCAGUUAGUAACAAAUAGCACUAUUGAAACAUUGAAAAAUGAUAAUGAUUUAAACAAUAACCCAAAUGACAUUGAAUUACAUUAUGAUAAGUUUAGUUUAAAUGGGCAAACAAAUAAACAUAUAUUGUCGAAUAAUACUAAUAAAAAUAUCAUGAUCUAUUAAAUGAUAAUAAUAAUACCAGUGAAAAAUUACAAUCAUCCAUUGAUAAACAUAGUAGGACAAAAACAAAAUUUACAUUGACACGUGGUAUACAUGUAUUUUACUUUGAAUUUCAACUACCAGCAGAUUUGCCUAGUACAUUUGAAUUACCGACAAACUGUUUGGCUGGUGGUGCAUCAGCAUCUAUUACAUAUGCUGUACGUAUUGAAUUACGUAAUAAUCGUCUAAAAUUAAGGCAUAUACAACAGCGUGAAAUUAUUGUAUUCAGACCAUUAGAAUUAAUACAUUUCCCCAGAUUAAGAGAUCGAAUAACAUUACAUCGAGAAUUUGUAUCAUUAGGCUGUUGUUCACAUCCAAGUGGAUUAAUUCUAUGCGAUUUAGCCGUGAAUAAAACUGGAUUUGUUCCUGGGGAAACAAUUAUUCCUCAAGUUCAUAUCACCAAUCGAUCUAGUCGUGCUAUACAAACUGUACAUUUAACAUUUGCACAGACAGUCUUUUUAAAAGGUAUCAAUAAACAAAAUCAUAUUGAAGUUUUACGUAUUUUUGCGACAAGAUUAAAUGCUCAAUCAACAUUGUCCGGAUAUAAUUUAUUUGAACAAUUAGAUAUGAAUAAAAUUUCUGGUGUAUUUUCUUCAUCAAAUUCAUUUUCAUCAAGAAGUUCAACAAAUCGUUUUGAACGUAGUGAACAACAACAAAAAACACAUCGACAUAAUAGUGUAAAUAGUAAAAAUGAUAAACAGAUUAAAUCCCAGACAAAACAUAAACACCGACAAAAAUUACAUCAGAAUUCUUUAUCAACAAAUAUUAUCGCUGUACCAGAUCAAGGUGGUCAAGCAUAUUUCACAGAUUUAAUACAUGUACCACCUCUUCCAACUAGUGGAUUAUUUGGUAGACAAAAUUUAAUUUAUUUAGAAUAUUCAUUAAUUUUACGACUUCGUAUGCAAGGUGAUAGAGAAGGUAAGCAUGAUCACUGUAUGCAAAUCCCAAUUACAAUCGGUUCUGACCCAACUAGAGAAACAUCGUUCAUUGGAAAUGAUGAAGUUGUACCUUGUUAUGCAUCAUUUGAUUUUGCUUCUGGUGAUAUUGUAGAAUAUGAUCCAUUAAAUCAAUCUAAUUCAAUACGUUUAACUCCUGUUUAUAGAUAUUUUAAACCAAAACCUAUUGAGCAAUCACCAAAUAAAUUAAAUAAUAUUAAAUUUUCUUCUAAUUCACCAUUAAAUAAUAAUAAUAGUGUAAAAUCAUUACAAAUUCUAUCAAAAUCUAGUCCUUCAAUAUUAAAACAACCGAAUAUUAUAAAUACUUCAACUAAUAAUAUACCUAUUACAAAAAAUAAUCAUCAAAAUUCAUUGAAAUCUACAAAAUCAUUAUCAUCACCAUCAUCAUCGUCAUCAUCACUUUGUCAUGAUAAGGAAUUCAUUCCACAGAAACAAUAUAAUCAAUCAUUGAAUAAUACAACUUGUUUGGUUAAUAAUAAUAAUGAUGUAAUGAUAACUACUAUUCCAGGAUUAAUGAAUUCUGAUGAUCCUAAAUCAGAGAAUUAUUCACAUAAACAAUUUCCAAAUAAAAAGCUCAAACCUACUUCAUUGAAUAAAUUAAAACGUCAAAAUAAUAUUCAAGACAUAACACCAAUACAUAAAAUGAAUAAUAUAAAUUCAAUUGAUCUAAUAACUAUGAGAAAUGAAUCACCUCAAUUACGUUUAUCAAAUCAACAAUAUUUUGAUGAUGGUAAUAUAACAUUACGUGAUAUAACAAUAAUGAAUAUUGAAAAUAAAAUUAAUUCAUUAUCCUCUAAAUUGAAAUCAUUGAAAAAAACACAAUCUGAUGCUUUUAAUUUAUCAAAAUCUAAGAAACAAAACUAUAAACAACAAUCAUUAACAAAUUAUCAUCAGAAAUAUUCAGAGAAAAAUGAAAAAGCACAUUUGAUAUCUGAUCAUUCCUCUUCAACAUCAUUACCUCAUCAUUAUCAUCAUCAUCAUCAACAUCAUGAACAUCGUCUUCACAAUUAUUAUCACCAUCAUCAUUCUUCUACUUCUCCACCAUGUUUAGAAAAUUCUAAAUUAGAAUAUAAAUGUAAAUCGCAAACAAACAUUCCGAUUCAUCAAUAUUUAAAUGAUUUAUUAUUAGAUCAACCAUUAUCAUAUGAUGUAAUUAAUAAAAAUGUAAAAAUUACACGAAAUCAAUCCAAUGAUCAUAGUUAUUGUUAUAAUUUAGAUUCUAUUCAUGCAAACCAAAUGGAUUAUACAAAAGUUAUUCAUAAUGAUAGUGAUAAUGAUGGUGAUGAUGAUGAUGACGACGACAACGACGUGGAAGAAGUUGAUGAUGAAGAGGGGGAGGACAAUGAGAAUGACGAAGACACUGAUGAAGAUGAUGGGGAUGAAGAAGAUGAUGACGAUGAUGGUGGUGAAGAAGAAGGCAAUAUUCCAUCUGGAAAUAAUAACUAUGAUGAUAUCACUAGUGAUGAAAUAAAUAAAUAUACAAUGAAAACUAAUCAAUUUCAUACAUAUCCGUGUGAUACUUUAAAAUACUGUACAGAUAAAAUACCUAAACUAGAUAAAAUAUCAAUUAAACCGCAUGAAAAUUUUGAUAAUUCUUAUCACACUGAUGAUAACGUUGACAAAGAGAGUGACGAUGAAGAUGACAGGGAUAAUGACAAUCAAAUAGUGGAUAGAAUUAACAACCUAAAAGACAAUCGUCAAAUAGGAGAUUAUGAAGAAGUAACACUAAAGCAAUAUGAUACACAGUCAAAACAUAUUUUAAGCAUAUCUCAUGAAGAUUCAACUAAUGAAAAUGAUAAUACAUCAUCCGACAUAACAGAUUUAUAUCAUAAAGUUCAAAAAAUAUCAGAUAAUAAACAGAUUUCAUUGAAUUAUAGAUUUAAACAAGCCAAAGAUUUAUACAAUGCUUAUUGGAAUUGUCCAAAAGUGGCACCUAUUGUAGGUCGUAAGUCUGAUACUGAUGGAUUUUGGACGUAUGGUCAUGGAAGUACUAAUGAAAACAAUAAUAAUAAUAAUAAUGCUGACUCGUAAAACUCCAGUUUACCGGAAUCAUUUCUAAUUUCUAUCUUUUGUAAAUAUUAACAUACCGUUUUAAACUGUAGAUUUUUCUUCUUUUCAUUUUCAAAUAAAAAACUUAACGUUCAAUUUUCAUUGUUGCAAACAAACAAACAAAUAAAAGGACUGCUUCAUUAAACUAUUGAAACAUUGAGCAAAGUGAUGUUCAAGUAAAUAAUAAUGAAAUGUAUAAGUAACUAUCUAUAAGAAUUACGUAACAGUUAUAAAAAUUAGGAUAUUCUUUGUUUGUUUGUUUUUUCUUGUUGCUGUCGUUGUUGUUGUUGUUGUUGACAAAUGUCAACAUUUAAAUUUAAUGACAAUUGAUUUGUUUAAAUCAUAUUUUCAAUUAACCAAUCAAAUUGAAAUAUUUAAAUAAAUACCUCAUUUCUAUAUAGGCAAUAAAAUAAAUACAUAAUGACAUGUUUAAAAAAAUUUGUAGAUGAAAUAAACCUUAUGUAAAUAGUUGUAUAGUUUCUUAAAAAAAGAAAAAGAGAAAACAAUUUUUCUUAAAAAAUUAUUGUCAUUAAUUGUAAAACG